AUGGUCGGCAUGAAGCUUCCGCCGCCGCCCACGCGCUCGACGAUCACCACCACGACGAGCGCCGGCUCUCACGAGCUCAAGGUGGAGGGCUACUCCGUGACCAAGCUGCUCGUCGACGGCGAGCGCAUCGAGUCCAGCAAGUUCAGGGCGGCGGGCCACGAUUUUCAGAUCUGCUACUACCCGAACAAGUACCGUAAGAAGGACUGCAACACCGGGAGAAUAUCAGCCCCUCCCGGAGCGCAGAUGCUCCACGCCGGGAGCAACGCCACCAUCUCGUUCUUCCUCAAGUUGGCCGGCGGCAGCAAGGGCAAGGACGUCCGCGCCGAGUUCCAGUUCAGCCUGGUCCCUCGGCACGGCGGCGAGCCUGCAGCACCGGGGGCGCCGGCGAAGGUCCGGUUUGUUGGUGAACGCCACGUGGUGACGUUCCCUCGGAAGCACAAUGGCGUUGAGUACUGGGGCCUGAAGAUCUCGAAGAAGGAGCUCGAGAAGUCGCCGGAGUACCUCUGGGACGAUUCCUUCGUCGUGCGGUGCGAGAUCUCCGUCGUCGAGAAGCCGAUCGUGAGAAGCCAUGACUUCAUGGUCUGCCGCUGCAAGGAUGACUUGUGCAAGCAUCAUCAUCUGACGGGCGCCUCACUGGUCAAGGACGUAGUCGUCAACUACUUUCUUAAGUGUCUCGUUCAAGUGCACUAG